AAAUGAAAGUGUGUAACUUAUCAAGGUCACAGCUAGAAAGUCAAGGACCGGUAUUGAGAUCUUAAUAACGUGUACAAGUACCGUUAAAGCAUAAUUUUACGUCAGCAGUGCCAGUUAAAAUGUCCGAAAACACAGAGACAAAACCAAAACAGGGAAAACAUGGACGUAGCAGUGUCAUAGACAGUUUUGUGUCACAAUACGAACGAUAUUACAGUCUUUCAGUAUUAAUAGCAAUAGUUUCAGUAGUUACGAUAUUAAUAAUAGCGGCAGACGAAUGCCGGACGUGCUUUAAUCGCUUAGAAGAUGUCACUCAAGUUACAACUUCCGACGGAUAUAAAACUUUUUGGGUUUAUGGCAAAAAUGUGGAAAGCGGAUAUUUGAAGCACGUGUUUAUAAUAUUAAACAGACUCGGUUAUAAAAAUGAUCCGAAUGCGACUGACUGGGACCUAUUAUGGGCCCAUGACUACCCAUUUCGCAAACUUUAUCCACAACUGAAUCAUUUGAGGCCGCACCAAAAAGUCAAUCAUUUUCCAGGGUGUGGUUACAUAACAAAUAAGGUUGAUUUAGCCGUCAGUAGACUUAAGUACAUUCCACCGGCAUUCAAGUUACCACAAGACAAAGACGACUUUCUCAAAUACGCCAACAGUCAUCCUAAUAUUAGUUUUGUGCAAAAAAACAAUGAUCAUAGGAAUAUAAAAAUAAGACCGGUUAAAGAAAUUGAUUUAAACUCGGAGGGAACAUUUGUUCAAGAAUUUGUCGAUAAGCCUUUACUAGUCAGUGGCCAUAAAUUCGAUAUCGGGAUUUAUACGAUUAUUACCUCAAUUGAUCCCUUGAGAGUGUACGUAUACAACGGAGACGCGCUUUUGAGGUUUUGUCCGGUUAAGUACUACCCGUUUGACCCUCAAAAUCUUGAUAAGUAUGUAGUCGGGGAUGAUUAUCUCCCCAUUUGGGAAGUCCCAGCUCUAGAUUAUUAUUAUAAUGAGUUGGGAUUUGGGAUGAGGGAAAGCUUAAACGCAUUUCUUCGGGCGAAGGGGAAAACUCCGAAAAAAAUUUGGGACCAAAUUGAAGACGCCAUCAGGAUUUUAAUUCUAAAUAAAGAACCCAAAAUUUUAGACGUCGUAUCCAAAUUCAAGUCCAAACGCAACUUUUUUGAAUUGAUCCGAAUUGACUUUGUAGUCGACGAAGAUUUAAACGUUUUUUUACUGGAGGCGAAUAUGAGUCCCAAUCUGUCGUCAGCACACUUUCCUCCUAAUCAGUUGCUCUAUGAACAGGUUUUGUACAAUGCUAUGGGACUAUUAGGACUUGGGGAGCGCAUUCGGAAAGACACUCUUGCCGUUAGGUCGCACUCAGAAGAAGAAAUGAUGGUUUCGGAGAAGAACCUUGUUACGUACCCUAAUGAAUGUAACAGUGCUCUUUGUAAAAGUGGUUGCGCUUCGUCAAUUUGCCAGUUGUGUAGACCUUGUCUCUCUGCAGAUACUCUUCAAUAUUUGAAGGAUGCAUACAAAGAGCAUUUGAAUAGAGGUGAUUGCAAAAGGAUAUUCCCUCCAAGUCAAUUAAAUCCUGGGGCGGAAGUAAACUGGGAGGACUAUUCUGCCGAGAACCAGCUUCAAUAUAGAUGGUUUCUGGGCAAAUGUCAGUUGGAUGCCACGUGGUGCUAGCAACCCAAUUAAUUUAAAAAAUGAAUACAAAUUGAAAAAGCUGUUAAUUUCUUGUAAUUAAUUGUUGCAAUAAAAUUGUUUCCUGUUUA